AUGGCAAAGGUACCAAGACCAACAAAGAUACCUGGAAAUCGAGAAGACGUGCUGAAUUUGCGAAAAUGGGCAAAGGAAUAUGGGAAGGCCACAAGACAGUUACGCGUCAGAGCAAAAUCAACCAAAGACAACCCAGGAACACUUCCUAUAUCGGCCUAUGGUCGCCGUACGCUCGACAGAAAUCCAUUAACGACUCUUGAAGAGAUGCGUCAGGAAAUCCUAGGAUCUAUGCCAAUAACUGAAGCAACUGAUGAAGAGGAAAAUGAGGUUGACAUCAACAACACUUCUGUCAACUUUGAUGGAUCUGAUGUCGGUGACAAAGAAGCUAACAUGGUCCUGGUUAAAAAUUCUGUCAUUCUAAUUUCUCAAGAUGACCGAGUGUCAGGUUCAUUUUUACUUGGAAGUCUGGCACAAGACUGGCGCAGAAAUACUAUGGAGACGGUGAGAACACAUGUCUAUGCUCCUGAUGAAGAAGAUUUUUUGCUUUUUCAUCACGAGUUUACUGGGCUUGUGAGAAAGGCAAACGUUGUUCAAGAGGUCAGCACCGAAAACGAUAAGUUGAUGUAUUUGGAUGAUGAUUUCCACAUGGAAAUAAGCGAUGAUUUAUAUCAUCAGUGUCUGGAUCUGGUGUACGACAAAGAUGAAGCAGGCACAGAGGCUACUGCCACUGAUACAGCAAGAGAAACAUCUACAGGCCGAGUACUUCGACUCCCUCACCGUUUCCGGGAGUGA